AUGUCAAAGUCUGUUGGAAACUUUUUCACAAUUCGGCCGGUCUUAGAAUUUUAUCAUCCACUGGCUUUGAGACUUUUCCUAACGGGGACUCAUUAUCGUUCGCCAAUCAAGUACUCAGAGAUACAGCUUGAAAGUGCAUCAGACCGUAUUUUUUACAUCUAUCAGCAUGAUGAGGCAAGUCGGAAGGAUUCCAUUCCAUCAGGAACUGCACUUUGUAUUGACAAAUUUAAUGAUGAGUUUUUAACAUCAAUGUCUGAUGAUUUUCAUACUCCUGUAACUUUGGCUGCAAUGUCAGAGCCAUUGAAGACCAUCAAUGACCUUCUACAUACUCGUAAGGGAAAGAAGCAAGAAUUGCGAAUAUUACACAGAUGCUUUGCAACAGCUGCGGGAUUAUGCACUAAAGCGCGCAAAGUUGACAGAAGAUCAAGUGCUACAGAAGAUUGA